AUGACAGGUUCUAGCAACCUUCGAAGUUUUGGCACGCACGAGUUCGCGCCACGGCCCCGCCUGCAGUCAGACUCAACCAUGGCAACAUCCCGCAUCGGAUCAAAGGAGGCCAUCUCGCGCCGACUGUCGCAGGCGAGCUCAGUUCAGGAGUGCCCUCUCCUUGAGGAGCAGCCCACAGAAGACCCUCGCCGCUUCCUGUGGCGAUUUGGUUAUUUUCGGGGAACAGAACAGCCAGAACUCUUGGUGGACGUCACCGGCCACACCGACCAGCCGAACAGCUCCUGGCUGCCGGGUCAAGAGAAGGAAGAGUAUUCGCUGUCUUGCAAGUUGAAAUGGGACUCACCAACAGAUUCUAGGGUGUUGGAGUGGAAGACCAAGAUGAAGUUGACGGGCAUGCGCAGCCGCCUGCACGACAACGUCAAGAAGGAAAUGGGCGCCGAAUAUGGCGAGCACUUCCAGGAUACCCGCUUCGCCCACCAUGGCGGCGUCCCAGGCACAACCACAAGGCUUCGAAAAUGGUUCCAGACUUUGAGCGGCUUGGCCAACCAAGGACACCUCAAGACAGAGCUCCUAGCUUUGUUGUUACAGGAGCUGGAGAUUCCCAUCCCAGAAAAAAGUGAUGAGGAGCUCCAUGAGCUGCAGAACAUGCUUGCAGCUCCCACCAGCGUGCAGGAGAGACAGCAGAGCCAGUCCAGCAGCCCGAGCCCUGUACGCCGAGCCCGUGACCAUGACGUGCCGAAGGAGCCUGAGGUGCCUUUUGAGCCCUACGCAACAGCGCGUGGACCGCUCGUGGCGCCAUCGCAGCACUUAGUGGUGACACUCUGA